AUGAUGCUGCGGACGUGUCGAACAGCCCUGUUGAUUUGCAUAGGAACAGUUUGUGUGUUGCAGUACGGUAAGAGGAUAAUUUUGAAGACUAUUUCAACUGUUUUCACUCAGUAUUUGGUCGAUUUUUCUCGAUUUUUUUGGCGUCUCGACUUUUCGGGCCGAUGACAGCUCGGGUCAACGAAAAAUCAAUUGAUACGAGGGGUAGCGCAAGUGGAUACCCAAAAAUAGGGUGUAGCAAGUGUCUAGAAGGCCUGACAAAGCCGUUGAAUGGUUGGCGGAUGGUCGGCGGAGACUUGGCGGAGCUCGGCGAAGGCUUGAAAUACGUCCACUUUUUAUAAUUUUAGCUAUUACUAAUGUUAGUUUUCUUUACUCUGAGUUGUUGUAACAUAUAAAAAACCAAAAUUUGAGGCAAAAAAUGAAGAUCCGUAACUUUUAUCUAGAUGAUAUUUAUGUGAUUACAUGCAAAAUACCUCAAAAUAUGGAGGUAAUAAGCUAUCCUAGGGCCCGAUUAAUCUUAUUUUUUCUGAAAAAUAAGCCUUUUCCUAGCCUCCCCCUUGCCUAAAAUGAUGAUCUGAGGCGACCAUAAUAUCGUUGACUCGAACUGUCGCUGACCCGACAAGUCGUAGCCGUAUUUGGCCAAUUUUUGAUAAAUCUUUUUUUUUCAGCCAAUGCCAAUCCCUGCCUGGUUGCUGACUCUUGCACGGAGUGUAUCAAGGCGGGAAGUGAAUGUGCGUGGUGUACCGAUCCAGUAAGUUGAAUUUUGGAGGAGAAAAAAAAAUUUUUUUGAUAUAAAAAAAUUGAUUUUUUUGUGAAUUUUUGGUAUUUUUUGAUGAAAAAUAUGAUUUUUUUUGUGAAUUUUUCAAAUUUUUUGUAAGAAAAGGGCUUUUUUUGCUGAUUUUAGACUCUAAGUUUAAUUUUUUGCUCUUAUUCAAAUUUAAAAAAAUUCAAAAAAUUUGAAUUUUCAAAGAAUUUGCAUAUUAAAAAAAUUUUUUUGUAAACCUAUAAAACCCUUGAAAAUCAAUUUUUCGAUCUAAAAAUCAAUUUUCAUCUCCCCGAUUACGCAACAACCCCCACAAACCCCCGGAUUUCCCGUCCGGAUCAUAUUGACAUUUCGUUAUAAACAAACCCAACUGUUUUUCCAGAUCUACAACGGGUCCCGGUGUAAUUUGAGAACACAGCACUCGAAUCACUGCAAUCUGCGAAACAUUUACUCUCCGGUCACCGAACUCCGCAUCCCCAAACAACACAACGUGCCGUUGGGCAAGAAACACCAAGACGGGCAUACGAUCACGCAGCUUGAGCCGCAACAAGUUCAGGUCAAAAUUAAGCCAGGUGAGGAAGUUGCGACAAAAAAAUUUUUUUUGGAAAAUGUUGCGACAAAAAAUUAUUUUUUGAAAAUUAAAAAAAAAUUUUUUUUAAAAAGCAAAAUUUGCAUAAAUUUGCAUCCUUUCGCACGGUGCGGCACCUUCUCAUUUUAUUUUUUUGCACUGUGCACGGAGCGCGAAAUUUUUCCCUUGCCACUUGCACAGUGCAAAACUUUUUUCGGCUUUUUUGCACUGUGCAAAAAAUAUCCGGCCUUUGCGCAGUUUUUUUGCACUGUGCAGAGUGAUUUUUGAGAUGUUCGCACUGUGCAAAAAAAAAAAAAAUUGGAUCUUUGCACAGUGCAAGAAAAAAAAUUUCUGGUCGCACAGUGCGGAAGUUUUUCAUUUUUCGCGACAACUUUGUUUUUGAUGAUUUUUGCACAGUGCGAAAAAGUUUUUUGAUGUCGCACUGUGCACGGUGCGAAAUUUUCAUUUUAUUUUUUUUCGCACUGUGCGGCUGAGAUUCUUGUGACAUUCGCACAGUGCAAACAAAUUUUCAAUGGUUGCACUGUGCAAUGAAAAGAUUUCUGGUCGCACAGUGCGGAAGUUUCUCAUUUUUUCGCGACAACUUUGUUCUUGCACAGUGCAAAAAAUUUUGAUGUCGCACUGUGCAAAAAGACCCUUUAGGUUCGCACGGUGCGAGAUUUUCAUUUUAUUUUUUUUCGCACUGUGCGGCUGAAAAUCCUGUGAUAUUCGCACAGUGCAAACAAAUUUUCAAUGGUUGCACUGUGCAACAAAAAAAAUUUGGUCGCACUGUGCGGAAUUUUUUCAUUUUUUUGCGACAACUUUGUUCUUGCACUGUGCAAAAAAGUUUUUUGAUGUCGCACUGUGCAAAAAGACCCUUUACGUUCGCACGGUGCGGGAUUUUCAUUUUAUUUUUUUUUUUUUGCACUGUGCAAAAAAAUUCGAUCUUUGCACAGUGCAAUAAAAAAAAUUUUUGGUCGCACAGUGCGGAAGUUUUUCAUUUUUCGCGACAACUUUGUUUUUAAUGAUUUUUGCACAGUGCAAAGAAUUUUUUGAUGUUGCACAGUGCAGUUGAUUUGUUUUAUUUCUUCGCACAGUGCAAAUUUUUCAUAAAAAAUUGCACUGUGCAAAAACUUUAAAAACUCGGCAAAAUUGCGCAACAACUUGAAACGCAAUUUUUUGCAACCUCUCCUCGCUUUUUCGGUCCCACUUUGAGGGCACUUGUUAAUUACCCCAUCUUUUUUCGGGGGUUUUUAUAGGUGGGCCAGAAGCGAGCGUCUGGCCAACAGUUUGGGAAUUCCUUUGAGGUCAAAGAGAAGGCUGCGACAAAUUUAUAGUCCGGGUCCGAGUGGUUUGGCUUUGAGGUCAGGGUUUACGAUGUGCAACUUGAGGAUGAUAAAAAAAAAAAAAAAAAUUUUUUUUGAAAUUUGUCGUAGAUGGUGUAUAUAGUCUAUAUAUAGGGCUCGGGGUCUUUACUUUUCAUCGGCUCUGCGAAUUUGUUUUGCAAAAAGGCGUUCAGCACGCCCUGCUGAACGCUUUUUCGCAAAAUCGGUUCAGCAGUUUCUUCUGUCGAAAUUUCGUGAACGGGAAAUGGUAAAAGCCGUUCAUUUUGUGAAUUUUCGUCCUGUUUUUUCUUUUUUUUUGGUAGAUUUCGAAACCGUCUGAAUUAGUUCAGAGUCGGCUGAACUAGUGCAAAAAACCGAGGUCUUUGAACACGUUAACCUGUUAAUUUUCCUUUGAAAAUUUUAUAACCAGUGAAUUGGUUCAAUGUUUUGUUAACCAAUUCAAACAUUGAACCCCCUUUCCAAUCGGCUCUGAACGGGUUGGACACCAGUUCAAACCGCACGAUUUGAACUGAUUUUGCAAAAAGGCGUUCAGCGGAAAUUCUGAACGCCUUUUUGCAAAACAAAUUCGCAGAGCUGAUGAAAAGUAAAGACCCCGAGCCCUAUAUCGAUUACACAAUUCAAAAAAAUCGAAAAAAAUGGAAAAAUAAAAAAAAACAAAAGUUUUUUAAUUUUUUUCAAAAAAAAUUCUGGUUUACCGACGUAUAAAAUUCAGGAGAUUUCGUGGAAGUGAUGAUUUUUUAAACCAUAAAAAAUUUAAAAAAUGAAAAUUUUAAAAAAAAAUAUUUUUUUUCCUUUUUUAAGAGCAAAAAAAUAUAUUUCAAUGGCUAUUACCUACAACGUAUUUUAACAAAAAUUUUUUUUUCAGGAGAUUUCGUGGAAGCGAUGAUUUUUUUAAACCAUAAAAAAAUAAAAAAAUUUAAAUUAAAAAAAAAUAUUUUUUUCCUUUCUUAAAAGCAAAAAAUAUACUUUAGUAUACUUAUGACGUAUUUUACCAAAAAAAUCAGGAGAUUUCGUGGAAGCGAUGAUUUUUUUAAUUUAAAAAAAAUUAAAAUUAAAAAAAAAUAUUUUUUUUUUCAUUUUUUAAAAGCAAAAAAUAUAUUUCAAUGGCUAUUACAUACGACGUAUUUUACCAAAAAAAAUUCAGGAGAUUUCGUGGAAGUGAUGAUUUUUUUAGACUAAAAAAAUUUACAAAAAAUUAAAAUUUUAAAAAAAUAUUUUUUUCCCUUUUUUAAAAGCAAAAAAUAUAUAUUUCAGCCAUUACAAAUAACGUAUUUUAACAAAAAAAAUUUUUUCAGGAGAUUUCGUCGAAGUACCGUUCAAGUACGAGCACAGAGGUCGGCCCGGUUUGGAGGUGCGCGACUUCCAAUUGAUGACCUCCAACAUUGAAAACACCGGAGUCAAGGUCGAAUUUUUCAUCGAAUGCAAUGGGUAAGCAAUAAUGUUAAUUAAUUUUCGAAAAAAUUGAAAAAUAAAAAAAAAAUUUAAUUUUUUUUAAUUUUUUAUUCGUAUUUUAGCGAACGCAUCCAAGCUCUCCGCUGUCCAGGGAUCACCGAAGGCCAGCACAUCAAUUUCUACGUGAAAGUCUCGCUCACCGACUGCAAGGAUGUGGCGCUUUCCGUCUCGGUUUAUGGAUACAACACCGUCUCGGCGCUGUUCGUCACUCCAUUGUGCUCUUGUGAAUGCGAAAGCUUCCGAUUCCAUGUAAAUUUUAUUUGAAAUUUUUUCUUGGACUAAUUUGAGCAGCCGAGGGCCAGAUUUUCGGAUAGGCGACAUUUUAUACGAUAAAAAGUUUUAGCUAGGACGUUUUAUACGAUAAAAACUUUUGGCUAAGGAAAAGAGAUUUUGUGAAAACUUUUUGAGACGUAUUUUAAACUGAAAUUUUGAUUUCCGCUAGCAUGAAAUCAAAUUUUUGACAUGGCGACAUCUUAUACGAUUUAAACUUUGUGGCUAUAAAACCGGAUUUCAUAACUUUUUUAUUGAUGUAGCGUAAUAAUCACAGCAUAAAAGGAUUAUUUACAAUCAAAUUGUCUCAAAUUUAAAUAUUUUGAUAUGGGGACAUUUUAUACGAUAAAAACUUUUGGCUAAGGAAAAGAGAUUUUGUGAAAACUUUUUGAGACGUAUUUUAAACUGAAAUUUUGAUUUUCGCUGGCAUGAAAUCAAAUUUUUGACAUGGCGACAUUUUAUACGAUAUAAACUUUGUGGCUAUAAAACCGGAUUUCAUAACUUUUUUAUUGAUGUAGCGUAAUAAUCACAGCAUAAAAGGGUAAUUUACAAUCAAAUUGUCUCAAAUUUACAUAUUUUGAUAUGGCGACAUUUUAUACGAAAGAAAAUUUGCAAAAAAUUUUUCGAUUUUUUUGAAGCUUUUCUCUUAAAUUUUCCAAAAAUCUGUCGUAUUUUAGUCCCUAAAUAAAACCCACAUUGUCUAAAAUUUACGCAAUUUUUAUUUGGCGACAUUUUAUACGAAAAAAAUUGCGAAAUUUUUAGAUUUUUUUUAAGCUUUUCUCUUAAAUUUUCCAAAAAAUCUGUCGUAUUUUAGCCCCAAAUAAAAUUUUUCCAAUUUCAGGACCGUCGCUCCGCGCACUGCCGAGGCUUCGGCGACCUGAUCUGCGGUGUUUGCCAAUGCGGCGCGGGCCGCGGCGGGCGCGCCUGCGAGUGCGAUUUGAACCAGCACGGCGUCGCGACAGCAGCCGACUUGGAGAACAAAUGCCGAGCGUAAGUCAUCCGUCUUCCUCAUUAAUUAUGCGAUUUCCUGUUGAUGACAAAUCGCAGUUCGAAGAGGGCGGAAAACUUGUCAAAUCGGAGUGGGAAGUGGAUUUAGGGACGGAAGAAUGGGGUCGAAAUUGAGUAAUUGAAGGGGAUACUGUAGUUUGCGAUCGUUUUAGAGGGUUUGAAAAUGAUUUUUUGAGCUUUGACUACCUUUUUAUGGGACUAAGAUUUUUGAAACAAAGGUUUUUGCUUUUUCCAUAUUUUAUUUUAAUAUUCCGCAUCUUUUGGAUAGCUAUAUAAAGCAAAAGUAAAAUAGCAAGAAAAUUUUAUGGCACUCUGUCCGAAUUUUUCCUGAAAAAUUACUUUUUUGGCGCAUGAUUGCCAUAUUAGUCAUCAUGGAAAAUAUAGGCCCGGAAUAGGUUUAAAAUCUGUAAAAUACGGAGUAGAAUUAAACUGUGUGUACCUAUAUAGCCUCUUCUACCACAGUAGUCAACUUACUGCCCGUCGUUUUAACCUAAAUUUGCAUAAUGAAAUGAAUUUCUUUACCUUCCGACACCUGAUGUUGAUGUUUAAUAUUAGAGCAAAAAUUGAUGUCCAAGACAUUAGUAAGGGACAGAAUCGAACUGAGAGUACCUAUAUAGGCUCGUCUACCGUGGUAAACGUCUAACUGCCUGUCACUCUAACCGAAAUUUGCAUAAUGAAGUGAAUUUCUCCACCUUCCGACACCUGAUGUUGAUGUUUAAUAUCAGGGCAAAAAGUGAUGUCCAAGACAUUAAUAAAGGACAGAAUUGAACCUGGUGAUCCAGCAUAGGCUCUUUUACCAUAGAAAAUGUCUCACUACCCAUUAUUUUAACCGAAAUUUGCAUAAUGAAGUGAAUUUCUUCACCUUCCGACACCUGAUGUUGAUGUUUAAUAUUAGGUUGAAGGUUGAUGUCAAGAUAUUAAUAGGGGCUUUUAAUACAAAUAUAGAUAGCAGAGACCUAGUAGAACAGCUCUAUAUUCAUUAUGCCGCAAGCGAUUUGCGUCAACAACCAAUAAUCUUCGAUUUUCAGCGAGCCAGGGAAAGCCGUUUGCUCAGCCGCCGGAACUUGCGAAUGUGGCCGCUGUAAAUGCAAUAACCCCGCGGUAAGUCCGAAAAUUGAAUUCAUACAUACUCAGUGUUGUCUACAACAAAUCCUAUAACAUUUGAAAAAGGCUUUUUUACUUUGCGAUGCCUUUUAACAUUUAAAAAUGAAUUUUUUGUUUUUCCCCCAAAAAUGAUGAUUUUAUAUUGGAAAAAUCGUAUUUUAUCCAUAAAUUUGGUCGUAUACGGACCUUUAGAUGUGUUUAUGAUGUUCUCAAACUCAUCCUCAAGAAAAGUGGAUAUGAUUCCCUCGAGAUUUGAGUGUUUUACUGGCCGUAAAACACAUUUCUCGACAAGUCGCCAGAUGCACCGAGAAAAGUUCGAAGCCAUAAAUCGCGGGAGGCAAAGAACAGAUGUUUUUACACUGGAUUUUAGAGAGAUUUCGACUUGAAUUUUUUCGGGGUUUAAACGAAUUGCGAAAAUAGAAAAAAACGAUUAAUUUUAGAAAAAAAAAAUUUUUGAAAUUUUAAAAAAAGAUCAAAAAAUAAGAUUGAAAAAACGCUAAAAUCUCAAGAAAACAAUUUUCAGACCCAAGGCCAAUUCUGCGAAUGCGACAGCUCAGCGUGCCCGGUCGGCUCGAACGGCCAACUUUGCUCGGGCCAAGGAGACUGUUUGUGCGGGAAAUGCCAAUGUUUGGCCGGAUUCCAGGGCCCCGACUGCUCUUGCAAGGAGGAUCCAGAGCCCUGUACUGAGAAUGGAGUAAGUAAAAAUUAGUUUUGAAAGGUUUUUCUUGGAAAAUUUUGAGAUUUUUAUAUUAUCCAUCACAAAAAGUGAUUAUUUUUGAGAAUUAGGCUGAUAAAUAGGGAGAAUUGAUAUUGUCCAGGCUUUAUAAAGGAUCAAUGAUUAAUUUUAAGCCAUGUUUUGCUUGUUGGCAUCAUUUUUGAAAAAAAAAAUUUUUUAUUUUUAUAUUAUCCAUGACAAAAAAGAUGAUUUUUGGGAAUUUUUAGUUGUUUUUGGGAAAAAUUGAUAUAACAUAGUGCUUUUAAGGCCUCGUAGAUUAUUUCUGAGGCUUUUUGUACUUUUCCGACAUUAAUAUCGUAUAGUACCACACAAUUUUUCGAGAAAUUUUUGGAAUUUUUAUAUUACCCAUGACAAAAAAGAUGAUUUUUUGGAAAUUUUUAGUUGUGUGAAGGGAAAAUUGAUGUUUCAUAGUAUUUUUAAGACCUUGUAGAUUAUUCCAGAAGCUUUUUAUAAUUUCCUGACGUCAAUUUCAUAUAGCACCACACGAUAUUUUGAGAAAUUUUUGGAAUUUUUACAUUAUUCAUGGCAAAAUUGAGGUUUUUCCAAAAAAUUUUGAUUGAUUAAUAGUCAGUCAAUAAUCAUUUUCUCUUUUAUUACUAGCUACUACAUAGACAAUCUAAUUCAAAACAAAAAGAAUUUUUCGAUUUUUUUCACCUCUCACCUACUACAAUAUAACCUUGUUUCAGGUGGUGUGUUCCGGCAACGGAGUCUGCGAAUGUGGUCGAUGCGCCUGCUCUGCGGGCUACACUGGCUCCAAUUGCGCCAUUUCCACCUCCGCCGAGCACGACCAGCGAGUAAUUGGAGCGGAUGACGGCGUCGGGCAGAUUUUGCCCUCCGGCGAUUCGGACGAGGACAAGGCCGAAUUCGCGCCUCCAGAGCCGGAGGCAGUCGCCGCCGGACGAACACUACACGCCGCCGUGAUGCUGGUCUUGUUCAGUUUUUUGCUCAUGCGUCUUUGA